GGGCUGUUGCUGCUGUUUUGGCGCAAAGCGGAAGCUGUCAUAACGGUCCCCCUCAUGAAAACGAAAAGUUCAGUGCUGUUGUUUGGGUUUAGCAAAGGCACCUUAUUAUUUACUGUUUGAAAAAACCUCCCGUGGUUGAUUUAUGUGAAACAUCUGACGUUAACUGAACGUAUCAGCGCUGGUUAGCGGUAGCUGCUUCAGGCAUUAAUGUGUUGAGGCUAGCGGGAGCAGCAGCAGACCUGGUUUAGCCUUGAAUUUAUGUUGUUUUUAAAUGAUCUGAGCAACUUUUGGACUAACCUCAGCUUUAAAUGGACGAACACAAGGAGAACAUUCACGGCCAGGAAGACAAUGUGAAGACGUCCAGUGUAAACGAGCAUGAGAAGCUAAAGAGAUCGCUAGUCUCGGGUUAGACCCUGUUUUCCUUCAGUUUUACUUCUUAAAGGCACAUAUUCAACAAGAGGUUUGCUCCAAGUUGUCAGGAUAGCAUCGCACAGUGGGUGCUCAUCCAUGAUGUGACUCUUCUGCUCCACCACCUCCUAAAGGAGCUCUGUUGGAUUGAGAUCUGGUGACUGUGCUGGCCAUGUGAGGUCAGUGAACUCACUGUCAUGGUCAAGGAACUAGUUUCCUGUUAGAGGACAGCAGAGGCACCCAGUGUGGUCGUCUUCUGCUUCAAGGAGAAGCCUAGCAGCAGGUUGUGUCCUGCGGGAGAAUCGGCUCCUCAGGUGUCCCCGUCUCAGUCGAAGGGUGACUUCAGCCAUCCGGUGUACAAAGAGAUUGCUUUGGCCAAUGGCCACAUCAACCGCAUGACGAAGGAUGAACUUCGGAUCAAGUUAGCGGAGCUUAAGCUCGACACACGAGGAGUGAAGGAUGUGAUGAAGAAGAGAUUGAAGAGCCACUAUAAGAAACAGAAGCUGAUGCAGACAGCAGCAGAGGGAGGCCCCACCGACACGUACUACGACUACAUCUGUGUGGUGGACUUUGAAGCCACAUGUGAAGAGGACAAUCCCUCAGACUUCCUCCACGAAAUCAUUGAGUUCCCCAUGGUUCUCAUCAACACGCACACCUUGGAGAUUGUGGACACCUUUCAGGAGUACGUGAAGCCCGAGCUUAACCCACAGCUCUCAGACUUCUGUGUGAAGCUGACGGGAAUUACGCAGAAAAUGGUCGAUGAAGCAGACCCGUUCCCAGUAGUCCUGCAGCGAGUUGUGUCGUGGCUUCAGGAAAGGGAACUCGGAACAAAAUACAAAUACGCCAUCCUGACUGACGGGUCGUGGGAUAUGAGCAAGUUCCUCAACAUCCAGUGUCGGGUCAGCCGAAUCAAAUAUCCUCCGUUUGCAAAGAAGUGGAUAAACAUAAGAAAGUCAUACGGAAACUUCUACAAGGUGCCGCGUACUCAGACGAAGCUGAGCACCAUGCUGGAGAAACUCGGCCUGACGUACGAAGGUCGUCCUCACUCCGGGCUUGACGACUCACGCAACAUAGCGAGGAUAGCUGUCCGCAUGCUGCAGGAUGGCUGCCAGCUGCGUGUCAACGAGCGCAUGCACGGUGGCCAGCUGCUCUCGGUUCCCAGCUCGGCGCCUGUGGAAGGAGCUCCGCCUCCACACAACCCCCGCAGCAGGGACUAGAAACAUGACCUCUGGGUGACUCUUUACCCCUGAAAAUACUUCUACUGGAGCUCAAAGUUUCCCUUCCGACCAUUUAUUUUUACACCAGAUCUUUAAAAGUGGAUCAUUCCUUCAUUUUCUGGGUGGAAAAGUCUGCCUCGCCACGCCUUACCGAGCUGCUGUUUCUCAACAGUAUCACUGAGUAUAUCUUUCAGUUGUCUUGUGGUGGAGAGAAUUCAGUGUUUACCCUCGACAGCAUAAUAAAGCCUAAUCUGCAGCUUCACAUGAACACACAUAUCAACAAUUUUGAACUACUGUGCUAAUAAAACACAUAAAUGCUGCUGUGCUGUUUAAGGUGCUGCACGAUGACACUGUUCACCGCUUUCCUCGGAGAGAGUCGAGGGUUGGUGGUCCUGUGGACUCGGACAGCUCCAUAAACGGACCUCUUAAAGAAAAGCUGUAAUUAAGGAGUUCAGCCUGUGUUGUACUGUCGUCACGUGUACAGAA